CGCGGCGGAUGCGCUUGUUUGUGUGUUUCCUGCGCAGGCGCCGCCCCUUCGGCUCGGCCAGUUUCCCCGUCAGGAGCGAAUGGGUUGAGGCCGGGGCCCGGCUCGGAAAGUGGGCCGAAAGGAAGAGAGAAAAGAAGCGCUUCGGGCCCGGCGAGGAGCCUCCGGGCUUCGUCAGGCCGGGAAGAAGGCGGGCGAGAAGAAUUUGAGACGGAUUUUUAAAAAGGCCAUAAUGCAGCAUGGCAGUGGAUCUCAGAAUGCCCAGCGCCAGCUCCAAAGGUCACGCUCCUUCACAGGCAACGAGAGUGAAGAUCAGCAGACAAAUCUACCCCAGUCUCCGGCCCCUUCCUUUGCCCCUUCUGUGAGCCCAUCUGCACCGCAGUCUCCUGGCUACCAGAUCCAGCAGUUCAUCAUGAGCAGAAGCCCCGUCACCGGACAGAACGUGAACAUCACUUUGCAAAAUGUCGGGCCGGUGGCAACAGGAAACCAGCAGAUCACCCUUACCCCCUUGCCAAUCCCGAGCCCAACCUCCCCGAGUUUCCAGUUCAGUCCUCAGCAGAGAAGGUUCGAGCAUGGGUCGCCUUCCUACAUCCAGGUCACAUCGCCGCUGGCACCCCAGGUUCAGUCUCAGAGCCCCACGCAACCUACCCCAGUGCCGGUGCAAUCCAUAUCCAACGUUCGGGCUGGCGCCCCUGGGCCCGGCUUGGGGAUGUGCAGCCAGAGCCCGACGCGAGGCUUUGUGGACGCCAGCGUGCUUGUGCGACAGAUCAGCCUAAGCCCUUCCAAUGGCGGGCACUUUGUGUAUCAAGAAGGCUCCGGCAUUGCCCAGAUUUCUCAAGGCACAACAGCUCAGGUGCAGCUCUCGACGUCUGCGGCGCCGACGACAGUCAGAGAACGUAGGUUGUCUCAGCCUCAUUCACAGACCGGUGGCACUAUCCACCACUUGGGACCCCAAAGCCCGGUAGCCAGUGGGGCCAACAUCCAACCUCUACCCAGCCCUGGCCACAUUACGACCAACAGCCUCCCUCCGCAGAUCAGCAACAUCAUCCAGGGCAUGCAGCAACAACAGCAGGUGCUUCAAGGACAGCAGCUGAGCAGACCUUUGGGGUAUGACCGGACCUCGGGUGGGCUGAUCGCUGGGGUCGGAGGACCUCCCACCUUUGGAAUGACAUCGCCACCCCCUCCCACGAGUCCUUCCCGAGGCGGUAUGUCGCAGGGGCUGACCACCCUGACCUCCUCCGUCUGUGCGUUGGUGAAGAAGCCGAAAAAGCUCGAGGAGAUCCCUCCAGCCACCCAAGAAGCAGCUCAGAUGAGAAAGCAGUGCUUGGACCACCAUCUCAAGCAAAUGGAGACCCUGAAAGAGGCUUUCAAGGAGUAUUUGAUUGAGUUGUUUUUCCUGCAGCACCUGCAAGGAAACAUGAUGGACUUCUUAGCUUUUAAGAAGAAGCAUUGCGUGCCGUUGCAGGCGUAUCUUAGGCAAAAUGACUUGGACCUGGAGGAGGAGGAAGAGGAGGAGCAGUCCGAGGUGAUCAACGACGAGGUAAAGGUUGUGACAGGAAAGGAUGGGCAGACUGGUACUCCUGUUGCUAUAGCAACCCAGCUUCCUCCAAAUGUUUCUGCUGCUUUUUCAACCCAGCAGCAACCGUUUCAGCAGGUUCAUGCAGGGACUCCGGUUACAGGAGCCGUGAAUACCAUAGAAAUCGAAGCGUUUAAAAGACAGCAAGCACUUACUUCGCCAGAUUCGUCUAAGAGACCCCGCAUUGAAGUGGGCCGUCAUGGGAUGGUUUUUCAGCAUCCAGGCGUGGCUUCAGGAGUCCCUCUUCAGCAGCUCAUGCCAACGGCACAAGGUGGCAUGCCUCCCACCCCUCAAGCGGUACAGCUUACUGGGCAGAAGCAAAGCCAGCAACAGUAUGACCCUUCCAAAGGGCCUCCGGUACAGAACGCGGCGAGUCUCCACACACCUCCACCCCAGCUGCCCGGGCGGUUGCAACCCGCCAACCUCCCCAUCACGUCUCUCCCGGCCCCGCUGCAGCUCACCCAGCAGCCGCCGCAGAUCACGGAGGCUCCCGCCCAGCCUCUGAUUCAUGUGAAGGCCCAGCCGCAAAGCGUCUCUGUCACGCCUACUGUGUCGCACGGCCAAGUCCCGGCCCCGCUUCAGCCGCAGGUCCAGCCAGCCCCGCACGUGCAAGGGCAGAUGACAGCGCCGGCACCCCAGCCGCAGCCUCUAGCACAGCAGCAGGCCGUGACCCUGGUGCGCACCUCGGCGGACGCCGCCCCGAAUUCCCAACGCCUCCUUCCAGCCAGCACCCUUCCGCCUCCCUCCUCCACUCCGCCGGCGGCCCUUUCCAGCACGACGCCGCAGACCCCCUACCCGGCGCAAAGCAACCGGACCUCGCCCACGACCAAUAAAUCAUCCUCCCCGGUGGCCACCAAACCCCCAGGCUUGGCAGUGGCCGCGACACCAAAAGGCCAGAGCGCAGCUCAGAAUGCGGCGGUUCCAGCGCAGGACGGCUCCCAAGAGAAGCUGGCUGAGCAAGUUAAGCUGGAAAACCAAGUCCAUCAGCGAAUCGCGGAGCUGAGGAAAGAGGGCUUGUGGUCCCUGAGACGGCUUCCCAAACUUCAAGAGGCUCCUCGGCCCAAAUCUCAGUGGGAUUAUCUCCUGGAGGAAAUGCAGUGGAUGGCGACGGACUUUGCUCAAGAGAGGAGGUGGAAGAUGGCCACGGCGAAGAAGAUGGUCCGAACGGUGGCUCGCUACCACGAAGAAAAGAAGCUGAACGAAGACAGGGCCAAGAGGGAGGAACAGAACAAACUCAGGCGUAUUGCUGCCACGAUUGCACGGGAAAUAGAAUAUUUCUGGUCCAAUAUUGAACAGGUUGUGGAAAUAAAGCUACAGAUUGAAUUUCAAGAGAAAAGGAGGAAAGCCUUAAACCUAAAGAGGCGCUCAAGGAGAGGUAAAGAUACAAGACAUUUUGAAGACAUCAUGCUGGAAAAAGAAACAGAUCUGAGUCUGUGGUCAUCUGGACGAAAGAGGAAAGCGAGCACGUCCCUGACAGAUGAGGAAGUUGAAGACGAGGAGGAAACGAUUGAGGAGCAGGAAGCGAAGGAAGGCAGCGUGAAUCACCAAGCAGAGUUGUCCACUUUGGCUAAGGAAGCUGAACUGCCUUUGGAUGACCUGGUGAAAAUGUACGAAGGCGCCUUUGCAGAGAAUUUUCACUGGCCCCAAAUGAAAUCUGAAGAUGAUUCUAGUGAAGAAGAGAUGGAAGAACAAGCGGCUGGAAAGGAGACCCUCCAGAAGGAGUUUAUCUUGAUCGACUCCCUCCUCAGCAUCGAUCAGUAUAAGGGGCCGGAACGAGCGAUUCCUACCAAGAAACACGGGAGGGACAUUGCCGAGGUGGCUGCCACUGCCGAAGCCCUCCUGCCCAAGGGCAGCGCCCGGAUCACCACCGCGGUGAAAUACAACACUCCCCCGCUCUUGUACGGCUCUCUCCGGGAGUAUCAGAAGAUCGGCUUGGACUGGCUGGCCAAGCUGUACAAGAAGAACCUCAAUGGCAUUUUGGCGGACGAGGCUGGCCUUGGCAAAACAGUGCAGGUCAUUGCCUUCUUUGCCCAUCUGGCCUGCAACGAGGGUGACUGGGGUCCUCACCUCGUCAUUGCCCGGAGUUGUAAUAUCCUGAAGUGGGAGCUGGAACUGAAGCGCUGGUGCCCUGGAUUGAAGAUCCUGCUCUAUAUCGGUAGCCAGCGCGAACUGAGAGCGAAAAGACAGGAGUGGAUGGAACCGAACAGCUUCCAUGUGUGUAUCACCUCCUACAAACAGCUCUUCAAAGGCCACCAGGCGUUCACAAAGAUGCGGUGGAAAUACCUGAUUGUGGACGAGAUGCAGCAGAUCAAGAACAUGACCGAGAAGCACUGGGAGGCACUUUUCAAUCUCCGCAGCCAGCACCGCCUGCUCCUGAUAGACACCCCUCUGCACAACACCUUGAUGGAACUAUGGACCAUGGUGCACUUCCUGAUUCCAGGCAUCUCCAAACCUUACCUGGAUUUCCCAGUAAAAGCGGCCAAUGAGGAGAACCAGGAUUACUGUCACAAACUUGUCAUCAGGUUGCACCGCAUGAUCCAGCCGUUUAUUCUGCGCCGAUCGAAGAGGGAUGUCGAGAAGCAGCUGAUGAAGAAGUACGAGCACGUACUCAAGUGUCGGCUUUCGAACCGACAAAAAAUGAUGUACGAGGAUGUCAUAAUGCAGCUAGGAACCCAGGAUGCUCUGAAAAGUGGACAUUUUGUCAGUGUCCUUCAUGUUCUGAUGCAGCUACAGAAGAUCUGUAACCACCCUGACCUCAUAAACCCUCGGCUGUCCAGUUCCUCUUAUGUCUCGGAGACGCUGCGAUACAGAACUGCUUCGCUGGUCUUAAAAGCCCUGGAACGCAAUGUUUGGAAGGUGGCCGACUUGAGUCCGUUUGAUUUGAUUGGGAUUGAGAAUAAAGUGACCCGGUAUGAAUCGCAAGUGGUGCCCAAACAAAAAGUGACCCGGAAGCUUAUUGAAGAAAUUUAUACCUCUCCUCCGCCUGCCCCCAGGCCUAAUCCUGUCAAGCUGAAGCCAAGCAGGUUAUUCCAACCUGUCCCCUACGGGCAGAAGCCAGAAGGCAGGACCACUCCCUUCCCCAGCACGCAAGUGCAACAACGCACCACGACCGCCACAACAGUGGCUCAGCAGGGGCAAGUGCGAGGAAGGUCACCCAUGUCUACAAACCAAGCCGCCACUGCCGCCGUCUGCUCUUCCUCCUCCUCUUCCUCCUCCUCCUUCGCGGCAUCACAGUUUCCGACCUCUUCCGUCGGUGCUCCUCCGAGACCACCUCCGGCUGUGACCUUCGCCGCCACGACGAGCCCAGCCAAGCCGCGGGCUCAGACCACGGCGCCGGCCUUGCCGCUCGGCCAGGCUCCGCCGCCGGCUCCCCCGCACACCGUCCCCCAGAGUGUGCUGCCUCAGAGGCUGGUCUUGACCUCUCAGGCUCAAGCACGGUUGCCUAGCGGCGAAGUGGUAAAGAUCGCCCAGCUGGCCUCCAUUGCAGGCGCCCAAGGCCGCAUCGCUCAGCCGGAGACGCCGGUAACGCUGCAGUUCCAGGGGAACAAAUUCACUUUAUCUCACAGCCAGCUCCGCCAGCUGACCGCAGGGCAACCUCUGCAGUUGCAAGGCAGCGUUCUCCAAAUCGUUUCAGCCCCCGGGCAGCAGUACCUGAGACCUCAGGGCCCCGUGGUCAUGCAGACGGUGUCUCAGGCCGGGACGGUUCAGAACGCUCUGGGAAACCCACACCCGGCUGGCUUGCCAACUUCAGCGGUUGCCCAGCAAGGUCGAACCGUGGGCGCGAAUUUGGCUUCGGGGGAUUCCACGUCGUCCUUAAAACCUGGCCUUAUUCAUGGAGGACACGCACAGGAGUCUUUCGAGGAAAAAAACCGGCUGCUGAAGGAGCGCCUGGAUCGGAUCUUCUCUUCCAACGAGCGCCGCUGCGCCCGGGCACCUGUGUACGGCAGAGAUCUCGUGACGCUUUGCACCCUGGUGGGGGACAGAAGGACGGCCCCUCAGUGGUCCGCCGGAGUCCGGAAGUGGAGCUGGGCCGGCUUUGCCAACUGUUGCCUCUCGUCGGCGCCGUCUGAGGAUGGCAGCAACCUGCCGCUGCCAGGAAUUGGCCAGGCGCUGGCGCAGCAGCGGGAAUCCCUGAGAGAUGUUGUGAACAGGAUGCUCUCUGUGUUGCCGGCCGCGGUGGCCGCUCCUCCGUCCCUGUGUGUGGCAAAGCUCCCGGCUCUCUAUAGCCAUAGAAUGAAGCUGCUCCGGUAUGGUUUGAAAGAGAAGGCAGCACCCUUCCUGCGCCAGCUGCAGGAGCUCACCACUCCCCAGUUGCUCCAGUUUCCUGACCUCCGAUUGGUGCAAUACGAUGCAGGGAAGCUGGAAGCCCUGGCCGUCUUGCUUCAGAAGCUGAAGUCGGAAGGACGCCGGGUGCUGAUCCUGUCCCAGAUGAUUCUCAUGCUGGACAUCCUGGAGCUGUUCUUGGACUUCCAUUCCCUCACCUACGUGAGGAUCGACGAGUGCGCGAAUCAGGAAGAACGCCAGGAGCUGAUGAAGGCCUUCAACCGAGACCGGCGCAUCUUCUGUGCGAUCCUGUCUUCGCACAGUCGCUCCACGGGCGUCAACCUCGUCGAAGCCGACACCGUAGUGUUUUACGACAACGAUUUGAAUCCCGUGAUGGAUGCGAAGGCCCAGGAGUGGUGUGACCGGAUCGGCAGGUGCAAGGACAUCCAUAUCUACAGGCUCGUCAGUGGGAACUCGGUAGAGGAGAAGCUCUUAAAAAACGGCACAAAGGAUUUGAUCCGAGAAGUGGCUGCCCAGGGGAAUGACUACUCCAUGGCCUUUUUGACACAGCAAACCAUUCAGGAGCUCUUUGAGGUUCAUUCCCCGAUGGAGGAUGCCGGCUUCAGGGUGAAAGCAGAGGAGUUCGUGAUGCUUUCUCAGGAGCCCUCCCCGGCUGAAACCAUCUCUGCCAAAGUGGCAAGGCCUUUUAUAGAGGCUCUCAAAAGCACCGAGCGCGAAGAAGAGGAAGAAAUGAACCCACGCAUUCCGGAGACGCAGUCCGAGUCGGCUUCGGAGCCCCUCGUUUCGGAACUGGGGAAGCCCGAGUACCUCGAGGAGCCUUCCCAGCUGCAGGAACUGGUUGCUGUCGUGGAUCAGCUCACGCCGAUAGAAAAGUAUGCUUUGAAUUACCUGGAGUUCUUUCAUGUUUCAGCGGAGGACGGUGAACCAAAAGAAAAUGAGGAGGAAACAAGAAGUGCAAAAAAGUCAUGGGAGAGCCGCCAUCUGAAAGAGCUAAAAGAACACGAGGAGAAAACACUUCUGGAUGGGGAGGAGGAAGAACUGCUCACCUACACCCGGGAAGACGCAUACAACAAAGAAUAUAUUUACGAAGGCCCGGAUGGACAAACGGAAAUCAUGCCACUGUGGACUCCCCCAACUCCGCCUCAAGACGACAACGAUAUUUACAUCGACUCUGUAAUGUGCCUGAUGUACGAGACCACCCCUAUCCCGGAGGCCAAGCUGCCCCCUGUUUAUGUCAGAAAGGAGCGCAAGCGUCACAAGACGGAUCCCUCGACGGUGGGGAGGAAGAAGAAGCAGCGCCACGGGGAGACUGUCAUCCCCCCUCGCUCCCUCUUUGACCGAGCCACUCCAGGGAUGCUGAAGAUGAGGCGGGAGAGUAAAGAGCAGAAGAAGAACCUCCUGCUGAAGCAGCAGACGCAGUUUGCCAAGCCUUUGCCCACCCUGGUGAAGCCGGCGGCCGAGGCUGGCCAGGAUAACCCCGAGUGGCUCAUCAGCGAGGAUUGGGCCCUCCUCCAGGCUGUCAAGCAGUUGCUGGAGCUCCCCCUCAACCUCGCCGUCGUGUCGCCGGCUCACACCCCCAACUGGGACCUGGUCAGCGACGUGGUGAAUUCCUGCAGCCGGGUCUACCGCUCUCCGAAGCAGUGCCGGAACCGCUACGAGAACGUCGUCAUUCCCAGAGAGGAAGGGAAGCUUAUGUAUGAAGUGAACACUAAGAAGAAGACAAAAAGCAUUUAUAAGACUUUUAAUGAAUUAACCCCUGCAACGCCCCACCAGACCAAGAACAGUCGUCCACUUCGAACCAAUCAGCUGUACGCCCAAGACGAGGGCGCGACGCACACCCAGCUUUACACCAAUCAUUUCGAGAUGAUGAAAAUGAUUGCUGGGAAAAGAAGCCCGCCCAUCAAACCCUUGCUUGGCAUGAAUCCUUUUCAGAAGAACCCAAAGCACACAUCGGUACUAGCAGAAAGCGGCAUUAACUACGAUAAGCCGCUGCCCCCCAUCCAGGUGGCGUCCCUCCGAGCCGAGCGCAUUGCGAAGGAGAAGAAGGCUUUGGCAGAGCACCAAGGCCAGGCCGUCCCGCAGCCUCAGGCGGUGGUCCAGGCCGCCGUCACCACGGUGGCCAGCACGGCAGUCCUGGCGGGUGCCAUGAAGAACUCGGCCACUGGAACAAGCAUACAGGCGGCCACCGUGAGCGGGAACGUUAUCGUGAACACCGUGGCGGGAGUGCCGGCAACCACCUUCCAGCCCAUCAACAAACGUCUGGCUUCGCCCGUGAUACCCGGAACGCUGGCGACUUCGGGAGGGACAACGGCGGCCGCCCAGGUGGUGCACACCCAGCAGAGAGCCACGACGGCGCCUGCUGCCUCUGCGGAACUGGUGACCCUCGCGUCCACUCCGGGGGUCCGGGCGGUGACCUCUGUGACGGCCUCGGCUGUGGUCACCACCAAUCUGACUCCUGUCCAGACCCAAGCCCGGUCCCUGGUCACUCAAGUCACGCCAGCAGCCCCGGCGGGGGUGCAGCUUUCCGGAAAGGCCAUCACGCCGGCUCACUUCCAGCUCCUGAGGCAACAGCAACAGCAGGCGGCCGGUCAAGUCCCGGUGGCCCAGAUCCAGGCUCAAGGCCAAGCGCAGUCGCCAGCUCAGAUCAAAGCCGUCAGCAAGUUGCCCCAGGAGCAGCUCAUCCGGUUCCAGAAGCAGAAGCUGCAGCUCCCGCAACAGCAGCAGCAGCAGGCGGCGGCCGCCCAGCAGCAGGCGCAGUCCGGAGCCCAGCCGCCCCCCGCGCAGGUCCAGGUGCAGCAGCAACAUCAGCAGCAGCCGCAACAGCAGCAGCAGCCACAAGCCCAGCAGCUCACGGCGGUGGCAGCCCCGAGGCCCGGGGCUGUCCUCACCGGCACUACCGUCACGAACCUCCAGGUGGCGCGGUUGACUCGUGUGGCUGCUUCCCAGCUUCAAGCCCAAGGUCAGAUCCAGGCUCAGACGCCGCAGGGAGCGCAGGUGGCUUUGGCAAAACCUCCGGUGGUCUCGGUCCCGGCUGCCGUGGUGUCGUCGGCGGGAGUCACCACGCUUCCCGUCACCGUGGCCGGGAUCAGCGUCGCGAUCGGGCAGCCGCAGAAAGCCGCAGGGGGCCAGACGAUGGUGACCCAGCCGCUCCACGUCCAGCAGCUGCUGAAGCUGAAGCAGCACCACCAGGCAGCCCAGCAGCAGAAAGCGAUCCAGCCCCAGGUGGCCCAGGGACCGGCGGCCGUGCAGCAAAAGAUGAGUGCCCAACAACUCACCGUUCAGGCGUCACACCAGACUUCCCAGCAGCAGAAAGUCUAUGCUACCCAGCCGGCCCUUAAAGCGCAGUUCCUGCCAACAUCUCUCUCCCAGGCCCAGAAACCGGGUGGAACCCAGCAAGUCCAGACCCAGAUACAGGUUGCAAAGAUCCCGCAGGUGGUCUCCCAGCAAGCAACGGUGGCCAAUAUUCAGCAAGUCGUGUCCGUUUCUCAGCAGGUUCAAGCCCAGCCCCAGACCGUAACUCUGUCCCAGACGACGGCCGGGCAGCACCAGGUCCAAGUGAUCCCGGCCACCACCGCCCAAGUGGUCCCCCAGAAACUCAUCCAACAGCAGGUGGUCACCACCGCGUCCCCCCAGAUUCAAGCCGCCGGGGUUCAGAACCCGGCUCAGCCCUCAGCGGCAUCCGAGGGCCAGGCCCAGCAAGCGAAAGUCCAGAUGAGACCUCCCGUCCGGUUAAAGGCGCCCAACAAGCCCAGCUGAGCCCACGUGGGACGCUGGGGGUGGUGGUAGUGGAGGAGAAGGAGGAUAUUCUGUCUGAACGCCUUCCACACUGGCAAAUACAGGGCAG